AUGCUGAAGUUCCCAGUUACCAGAUCAGAGCUAGAAGUUCUUGGCUCCAAAAGUCAAUCACCUUCGGGUAAAAGAAAAUCACUUGAGAAUGAUUCUAGUGCGCCAAAGCGGACUAAAAAGAAUGCAUUUGUUGAUAGAUUAGAGAAAUUUUCUAGAACUGGGAGUGCGUUAAAACAGAAAUUGAAUGAAGAUGGAUCGAUUUUGGAAAAGUUUACAGUGGAACAGAGGAAGGAUCUUUCAGAAGUUUUCUAUGGGAAUUGUGCGGAUAAGAAAUGUUUGUUCAAACAUCUUGAAAAAAAUUGGUUAUUCAGAGAUAUGAUUACAGAUCAAUUUAAUUCUAAACAUGGUACCAAAUUCACAAGUGAUGAUUCAACAAUCUUCUAUUAUAAUGUACUGUUAAUGGGGAGACAAGAGUUUAAAAAACAAGAUUUGACAAAAUUGGAUUUUACAAAAAUUGAUUCACUAAAUGAUGAGGAGUUUUUCAAUAUGAAUAAGAUUCGAUUAUAUCUUGAUUAUGAAAAAUCAAAUGUUUUAAAUGAAGUGAUGAAUGAUCAAUGGGUGAAAAAAAUCAGUAGAGCAGAUAUUGCAGGGUAUAAUGUUAAAAAAGAAGAUACAUUGAAAAGUGCACUAGCAUCAUGGUAUUGGGAAAAUUCUCAUACAGAUGAAGAAUUCUACUUGAUUAAUCAUUCACUGAAAUAUAUAACCGCGGAAUGGAACAGGAAAUUUACGAUUAAUACCCCAUUUAGUGAGUAUGUGAGUCGACUUGAAGAGCAGUGUCCAAGUGUUUGCAAUCCAAAACAAAUAUAUAAUCCAUUGGUUAUUAAAAAACCAACCAACAAACCACCCUCAUCUUUUAAGUUUUCACUGGAUGCAUGUGAAAAGGCUAUACAGGAGGCUACUUUCCUUAUGGAGUAUAACCUUCGACAAAAAGGUUUGAAAAAGAAAAUUUCAUCUUUGACUGACAAAGACAUUCAGCUCAAAAAAGCUAUAAAAGUUUUCAAGAGCGCAACUAGUGGUGAAUAA